AUGGGACCCUUACUCGUCAUUCCUACUAAACACCCUUUCGUCCACUCUUCACUAGUACUUUUUGCCACAGGCGGUAACUGCGCCCCAUCGCCCUUCACCCGCCUCAACUUUUCUUCCUUCUGUUCGUUUCUCUGCGCUCCCGGCUCAGGCAAUCCGACCCCUCCCCGCAGCCGCGCCAAGCUGUUCAACUUGAGCCACAAAACUUCCAUUUCGAAGAUCACGUCCAAGAUCAUGGAGAUAUCAUCAUCGGCGGGCGUUAUCCCUGCUACGAGGAAAAAUGACGAAGAAGACCCCGCGGUGCCAAAGGAAGAUCCGCGUACCGAUGAGCUGGAAGUAGCCCACGACAUGCUCUUGCUUGCCCAGGCCCGCAGCGCGACAGCCAGUAAUCGCUUACCCUUGCGAAGGUCUCCCUCGCCUGUCGCGGAUCAACGCAUCUCCCAGUGGAGGAAUGAAACCCGGGCCUUCAAAGGAACCAUUACUCGACAAAGUAGGAGUGUGGGUUCAGCUGGACCCGCUGAGGUAGCUCGAGCUGCGCAAAAAUCCGCGCUUAUGGUGGACGGACAGCCUCAGUUUGUUAUUUUCUGCGACGGAUCAAGUGUGUACAAGCCAGUCCCAGAGACAUCGAAAGAUGGAGGCCAAAGUCCCAUCGACUCCCCAACUCUUCCAACUUCAACCUCUUCAACUACUAACGACAACGACAACGACAACGACAACGACAACGACAACGACAACGACAACGACAACGACAACGACAACGACAAUGAUAACGACAACGACAACGACAACGACAACGACAAUGGCUAUCAUCCCUAA